AUGACCCUCGAAGGAUAUCGAUGGAAUUCAAGCGAUUGGUUAGCCGACCACUCGUUACCAUAUCUGGACAUGCUUCGUGUCAAAGGCUCUUCUUCAAGACCGGAAGCUAAGUCGACCAGUGAUGGCUUCCAGUCGAUGCCUUCGACUCUGCGCAAUUCGCGCUGGUCAGCAGCCCGAAAUCCAUCGUUGAACUAUGAAUCGUUUGUCAUGCGCCGUUUCAUGCUAGCCGAUGACGGCCGUUGGCAUGCGCUGACCGAGGAGCGACGAUUCGAUGAUCCGAUACUAUCCGAUUCGACCGGUGGCAAUCCGACGGUUCCAGCAGCCAUCGAUUUUAUCGUUCGAUCAGCAGAACGCAAUGCGAUUGGUCUGACGACGGUUCUUAAUGAGCUCGCAGUAUUGGUUGUGACCGCCGCCUUGAGUAAUACGACGAUGAUGGCGAAGUUUCAGCUGCUGUGCUUCGCAAUGGCGCCGUUGCUGAUCGCCGCUGCCUCCGUUCCGAAGACCAGCGAACGACGACCAAGUCUGUUUGACAACCUGCUCAGACUGUCGGGGGACCAGAAUUACAAGGUAAUUCAGGGUGGUGCGAAUGGCGUGAUAGCGUCGUCGAUUGGUGAGGGCGAUCGAGGUGAGGUGACCCGCGCCGUGUCCGCAAUUUCUACCCCAUGCGCAGGUUCCGGAGGUCAGACGUGGUGGCUUGCGGUAGCAUGA